ACCCCACCCCUUCCCCCCCAAUCCCUCACAGUAACAUCCCCCGCACUGGUGAGCUCUCUCCGUCGGCAUUGUUCAUCUACUCCGGCGCUGGUCGUGUUUAGUUCGUCUGUCGUGGCGAGAUUAGCCAUGGAAGGGGAUUCCGGCGGUGGUCCUCAGGGAAGCUCCUUUGAUUCGCCCGGCGUCCCCGACGCUGUUCGUGCUGGUGCGACCUGUGCUGCCGCCGCUGACGCCCCUGGUGAUUCGGGGACCUUCCAUGGUUCCGAGAAGGUGCGCAUUCCCACGGACGAUUCCAUCGGGGCUCCGGAUGCGGAGCACCGACGGAUUCCAGAUUUGGGUGCAGUCGGCGAUUCAAAAUCAAGCUCCUGUACAUACUCGAGGAACAAGAUUGCACCAAACAAGCCGGUGAUUCAGCCAACCAUCGCGGACCUGCUGGCCGGGAAAAAGAGGUCGGCCGGUGGGGGUUCGCAGAAAGAUGCACCGACGGCCGUACCAUCGCCAACAUCUUCGGACGAUUUCAUGGCGACGGCAAAGAAGAGGCGCGCCGAUCAGGCCCCAUCCUCGUGCUCGAAGCGCACAUCCCGUGCCGGAGUUCGUGGGGGUCAAGUUGGUUCGCAUGUGCCAAAUGCUCCAGCUGCAGGGCCAAGCAUGGGAACUCGGAAGCCGGGUCCAAGAAAGGUCAGAUUUCAGGAAAGAAUAGAAUUAGAUGAAACCCCAUUCACCCGCCGUUCGUGCUGUUCGACCUCAACGCCAGAUUCAGAAGUUGAAUGUACGCUGCUGUCCAAAAGAUGUGGUAGAGGUUAUUGCUGCUCUAACACCAGAUCAGCGUGAUUACGUAUGCAGAAAGAGUUUUGGUCCUCUUUUGGACAUUACAGUUGUAAACUUGGAGACGCGGGGUUUGUUGGAUUGGCUUCUUGAAAAUACCAAUCCGAUGGAUAUGAUCAUCCGGGCUGGUCCUGGAAAGAAUUUGGAGAUAACCAAGGAUGUUAUCCACCAGAUUCUUGGGCUUCCCAACGCUGGUGGCCUGCCUGAAAAAUUUGAUUGGGCAGAAGCAGUAGCCGAAGCGGCUGCUUUCAAGAGUAGGCUUGGACUUGGGCCCCGUUCUUUUGGUGUUGACAAGAUGAAGCAACACAUUGAGAAAGGCGGUGCAGAUUCAGUCAGCAUGAGAUAUUUCUUUCUGAUUGUUUUUAAUCGUCUGUUGUUUUGCAAAGGAAGCUUUGAUAUCACCAAUGACCAUAUAUAUUGGACUCGUCAGAUAGAACAGUUUGGUGAUUUUGAUUGGUGCCAGCUUAUCUACAACGAUUUGUGUAAUGCAGUCAGAAAGUGGCAUUCUAGAGACAAGAACCAGGUCACUAUAACUGUUUAUGGUUGCUGUCUUGUGAUCCUGAUAUACUACCUUGAUCAUCUAUACGACAAGGCAGCACCCACUACCAAGACUGAUUGUCCGCGCAUCAAGUACUUUGAUAGCGCUCGUAUCCUAAAGUUGUUGAAAGCUGACCACAAGGAUGGGUCUUGGGGAAAUUGUGAUUUCCGCAACCGGACAGAAACCUGUUAUGCACAGGGUCCUUCAAUUUACAUCCCUCGUCUGCGUGGUUUAUUGGACUAUAAGAUAGAAUCCUUACCUGAUCACAUUGCUGAUCGGGUGAGGAACAUCUUAUCUCACAACGACCAUGAGAUUGCUAGACUAGCAUCCUCGUUGGACGAAACUCGGCGAGACCUUCUGCGCAAACAGUAUCAGUUGGCAAACAAUGUUGCGUCAAUGAUUGACGAGCUGCUGCGCGCUCCGACCCAGGACCGCGCCAAUCCAGACCUCAAUGCUGGACAAUCAUCACAAGGUGGUGUUCCAGAUUCGAACCCCCAGCCGAUCCAUGAUGGCCAGCCUAGCCAAAGCACAGACUUUUUUGAGCCGAUAGUAUCUCAAUCUGUCAACCCUUCAUGUGAAAAUGAAGAUUUUGAAUGGACUUUGUGAUUAUAGGGGUGGUACAUUGCUCGUAUAAACUUGAUGAAAUGCGAUCGUAGAGAUGAGUAGGUUAUAGUUCAGACUAUAUGGUUGAUGUUAUAAAGUUGGAGUUUACUUGUCGUCAUUUGUGUUGUGGAUGAUAUUUGUUGGUUUCGUGUUGUACUUGUACCCAGAUUUUCCAGAUGAUGAAAUGCUUACGGACACGCAGGUUGAGAAGUUAAACAAUACAUUUGCACAGAUGGAAGAGGAUGCAAAUGCAAACAUGAUGCAAAGUUUCUCACCAGCACCAAUCACGGACAUGACAGACGAUGCCAAAGCCCAGGAGACCCUUGCAGAGCUCUCAAACGACACUAAUGGAUCACAUUAGUACAUAUAUUGUAUUUCCAAUAGGUUAUAUGGUUACCACAUUCCAUCUUGCUGCCUAAUCCACGCUUCUUUCAAUUUUCAGCUUCGCGGUUCCUCAAUCUCAACAAUUCCCAGGCAUUGCCGCAGACACCAACCUCUGCGGCAUUGUUUGAUGGGGACAACAUUGUUAACGAAGAGAUGGACCGUGCAUGCGCACAUAUAUACAGGGAGGUCGGCCUUGAUGAUGACUCUCAUUGGUCUUUCAAGAUGGACAGAAUCCUGAUGGAGGAUCAUUUGACCAAUUGCAUCCACAGAAUACUACUCAAGGUCCAAUAUUCGACUGUACCCCAACUCUGGGGGAAGCCUCUGCUGACCUGUAUCACAAAGGGCCUUCUAAUGACAAAGAAGUUCUAUUUGACUCGACGCCUGAUGAGCCCAUGGCUGGACAAAAUAAUUCAGGUAGCUACUCUUUGGAUGUGAAAAAUGAUUCAAUUAUUUCAUCCAAUAUCAUUUUCAGAGGUUCUGUAUUGCGUCAAAUAGAAGAGAAAAGGAAGCCAAGGAAAUAUAUAUACAUCGGCUCCAUGCAUGUUGACGUCACUUGAAUUUCUAUUGCCUUGGAGAAAUACUUGGAGAAAUACUUGGGGAAAAGUGGUAAUUUCCAUAUAUACAAGCAGCUACAAGCAUGAUGCCGAGAGAUGCGUGAUUUGCAUUUGGCCACAUUUUUAUAUUAUUAGAUUACUAGUUGCAUGUUACAAUUAUUUUAAUGUUAUUCUGUCACGUACUUAGGUUUGAGAUACUUCUACACGUGAGUUAGGCAUGGUCGAGUGGUUUUAGAGUCCUGGUGUGGUGCCUGCGUGCACUUGUUUUAGCCGAGCCUGUUAAUGGGCCGUGGAGUCCAGGGUGCCUGCGUGCACAUUGAUAAAAUUCCCAGGGUAGGCAUGUAGGGAGAUUAGAUUGGAUUUUAUUUGUGUCUCUCGUUUAGGGUUUCUCCUACGAACAACGAGACGCGGUCCGAUCUCAUCUACCUUGCCGAUUCUUCUGGAUCGUGAUUGGGAGCGUGAUCAGGAUUGUUUCUUGGGUGCGCUGCUCCGGAUUCUUCGGUGGAUCCCCAUCUUCUGAUCGUGGCUCGUCGUGGCCACGGGUGGAAGAAUUAUCAUUGGUUUGCAUUGACUGUAAGCCGAUCUCUUCUCUGCUGUUACUGCUUGUGGUGCUGGAUCAAAUCGAAACAUUAUUUUCUACUAUCUGGUUUGAAUCGGUUCA